AUGGCCAAAACCAUCUAUUCACAUUUUAUCUUUCUUCUUUCAAUAUCUAUCCUACUCUUCUUCUCUGAAACUACUGGAGGAUUGAAAAGAUCCUUAAGCUUUGAGCUCAUCUAUCGUUACUCACCUCGUUCCCCUAUUUACUACUCUAACCUUACUGAUUCACAACGCUUUGAAGACUCCCUCCUCCAUUUUGAGAAUCGAUUCCUCCAACUAAACAACUCUCAAGCAAUGUCAGUUGGUUAUGAAAUAACUGCUAUUCGCCCCCGUAUCAUUUUCUAUGGGUCAUUAUACAUGGUUUUUUUGACGAUUGGCACUGGCAAUGGUACUAUUGGCUACUACUUAAGCAUUGACACAGGUAGUUAUCUUACUUGGACCCAAUGCAAGCCAUGUAUAAAUUGCUACCCACAAAAUGAUCCUUACUUUGACCCUCACCAAUCCCCUUCCUUUAUUGACAUCUCUUGCUCCCACCAAAACCCCUGCCCGCAAGGGAAUUACCAUUGCAUAAACAACCGUUGCCACUACCAAGUUGGCUAUAUCGAUGGCUCCUACACAAAAGGCACACUCUCGAAAGACACCUUCGGCUUCCGUUCUAGCCAUAGUGACUACCCUGAGUUUAUUGAGGGGCUCGUCUUUGGCUGCUCGCAUGAUAGCCAACUAGUUGUACCUAGCCAUGGUUAUCCAUCAGGAAUAAUUUCAUUAGGUUUGUUCAGGGAAUCAUUUGCAAUGCAACUCAUUAAUCAUGGUAGUCAGGGUCGCUUCUCAUACUGUCUUCCCUUGAGAGGUUCAACAAGUAUGAGCUUUUUACGAUUCGGAGAUGACAUUGUGCAAAGAGGUCCAGUCCAAACCACACCUAUAGAACCAAGCCAAGGUGUGUGCUUCUACUAUAUUAUCUUAAAUGACAUCAGUGUUGGUACCAAACGACUUGGAUUUGAGCCAGGAAUGUUUGCCCGAAAGCCGAAUGGGUCAGGCGGGUUCAUUGUGGACUCUGGGGCAGCAGUCUCUCGAUUGAUAACCCCAGCUUUCGAAAGGGUGAAGAAAGUUCUUAGGGCUUAUUUCCGCCAUAGGAAUUUUGUUGAAGUGGACCCAACAAAAUAUGGAAUCUCACUUAAACUUUGUUGGCUUUUCCAGCCACAUUAUCAGAGCUUAAUGCCAAGUAUGACAUUUCAUUUGCAAGGGGCCGAGAUGAGUAUAGCAUGGCAGAGCUUGUUCCACAUUGUUCAACAGAAGGGAAUAUUUUGCUUUGCAAUGCUGCCGCUGGAGACUUUGACAAUUCUUGGGGCGUACCAGCAAACAAAUACUCGAUUUACUUUUGAUGUGUUGCAAUUACAGCUAGCCUUCAAUCCAGAAAAUUGUGAACAUGACUCCCAACCUUAA